AUGGAGGAAGAUAUAGUGAUAGUUGGAGCUGGUAUUGCUGGCCUUUCUGCUUCAUUGGGACUUCACAGAUUGGGAUUGAGGAGCUUAGUGUUGGAAUCAUCGGAGAGUUUGAGGAUAACUGGAUUUGCGCUUACUGUUUGGACCAACGCUUGGAAGGCACUGGACGCCUUGAAUGUGGGAGAUGGCCUUAGGCAGCGUUCCGUGCAGCUUCGAAGAUUUCAACUUAGUUCUCUUGAUACGGGGGAGCCUGCUGCUGAACUUUCACUUGAAAAACACAAGUUUGGAAAUUAUGAAUCUCGUUGCAUCAAGAGGAGAGACUUGCUAGAAACCUUGGCAAAGGAGCUGCCACAAGGGACUAUUAGGUAUUCAUCCAAGGUGGUUUCAAUCGAGGAAUCUGGACAUUUUAAGGUGGUUCAUUUGGCAGAUGGAUGUGUCAUUCGGACUAAGGUCUUAAUCGGCUGCGAUGGAGUGAACUCAACUGUCGGAAAAUGGUUAGGCCUUUCAGCUCCUGUUAGUGUUGGGAGAUCAGCAAUCAGAGGAUAUGUUGAGUAUCUAGAUGCUCAUAAUUUUGAGCCUAAAUUUCAUGGUUAUUUUGGUGGUGGCAUUCGCUUUGGUUUUCUUCCUUGUGAUGCCAAAAGUAUAUACUGGUUUUGCACUCUCAGUCCAUCAACUUCAAAUUGGCAUGUAGAUAAGGCGAGAAGUCCAACUCAGAUGAAAGAAUUUGUCCUAGGCAAGCUCGCAAACAUUUCAAAUGAAGUAUCCGACAUUGUGGCAAAAACCAACCUUGAUUUGAUCUCUUGUGCUGAUCUGAAAAUGAGAUUGCCUUGGGAUAUCUUGUUGAGGGAUAUUGCAAAACGAAACUUGUGCGUAGCUGGUGACGCCCUUCAUCCCAUGACACCGGAUCUUGGUCAAGGUGGAUGUUCGGCAUUGGAAGACGGCGUCAUCUUUGCUAGGUGCAUUGCAGAAUCUUUCAAGAAGAUUUCAAAUGAAAGCGUUGAUGAUAGAGAAAUGGCCGCAAUCAUUGAAGAAGGGGUUCAGAAAUACGCGAAGUACAGGAAAUGGAGAAGUUUUAGUCUCAUAUCUGCAGCCAGGUUGGUUGGUUUCAUUCAAGAAAGUGAUAAUAAGUUGGUGAGCUUCUUGAGAGAAAAGUUCUUGUCCAAGUAUUCUAUUGCUACUGUGAUCAAAAUGUCUGAGUACGAUUGCGGAAAACUCUGA